AGCAUGGAGGGUCCGGGCCGGAGCGGGAUGGGCGACGCCCCCUAUUGAGACAUCCCUUUCCCCCGCUGGGUCGGGGGGACGCCAGAAGUCUACAAAGAGAGAAGAGCUCCAUGUGUGUGAACUGAAGUUAUUUCAGGGAAAACCUCUAUCCCUUUCAUUGCAUGAGUUAUAUGCUACCCAUUGACACUGAAGUAAAGCUGGAAAGGAAUCCAAAAGUGAAGAAAACAAGAAGUUUGGAAUUGGAUUUGGGGGAUCUGGGCUUGGAAAUGCCUCAGCCCAGUGUGAGCGGAAUGGACCCUCCUUUUGGGGAUGCCUUUCAGUGCCACACAUUUUCAGAACAGACGCUGACGAGCACAGAUCUCUUGGCAAAUAGUUCAGAUCCAGACUUCAUGUAUGAACUAGACAGAGAAAUGGACUAUCAACAGAGCUCCAGAGACAACUUCCUUUCUAUGGAGGACUGCAAAGAUAUUGAAAAUCUAGAGUCUUUUACAGACGUCCUGGAUAAUGAAGCUGCUUUCACCUCAAACUGGGAGCAGUGGGACACAUACUGUGAAGACUUAACUAAGUACACCAAACUAACCAGCUGUGACAUCUGGGGAACAAAAGAAGUGGAUUACCUGGGCCUUGAUGAUUUCUCAAGCCCAUACCAAGAUGAAGAGGUGAUAAGUAAAACUCCAACUCUGGCCCAGCUUAACAGUGAGGACUCUCAACCUGUGUCAGAUUCACUUUAUUACUCGGAUUCACUCUUCAGUGUAAAACAAAACCCUUUAACUUCUCUGUUACCUGGGAAAAAAAUCACAAGUAGAGCAGCAGCCCCUGUGUGUUCCUCAAAGAACAUUCAGGCUGAGGCGCCUUUGUCAGACUGUGUUCAAAAGGCGAGCAAGCCCACUUCAAGCACACAAAUCAUGAAGACCAAUGUGUACAAUAAUGAGAAGGUGAACAGUCACGUUGAAUGUAAAGACUAUGUUAAAAAGGCAAAAGUAAAGAUCAGUCCAUUACCACAAAGCAGACCAGUGUUGAGCCAGGCACAUGCAGAUGCAGCAAAGGAGAACACCUGCUAUUGUGGAGCUGUAGCAAAGAGACAAGAGAGGAAAGGGAUAGAUUCCCUUCAGAGUCAUAAUACUCCUAUUUUGCCUUUUAAAGAGACUCAGGAGCUGCUCCUCAGCCCACCCCAGGAACCUCCAGGGCUAGCUGUGGGGGAGAGCAGCCUUUCUGCCAGCACAUCUGUCUCAGAUCCUUCACAGAAGAAAGAAGAGCACAAUUAUUCUCUCUUUGUCACAGACAGUUUGGGUGAGCAGCCAACCAAAGGAGACCCUGAAGAGGAUGAGGAGGAUGAGGAAGAUAUUGAAGAUGAGGACCAUGAUGAGGGGUUUGGCAGUGAGCAUGAACUGUCUGAAAAUGAUGAUGAGGAAGAAGAUUAUGAGGAAGACAAAGAUGAUGACAUCAGUGAUACUUUCUCUGAACCAGGAUACGAAAAUGAUUCGGUGGAAGACUUAAAAGAAAGUGCUGCAGUAUCUUGCCGAAAAAGAGGCAAACGAAGAUACUUUUGGGAGUAUAGUGAGCAACUGACACCAUCGCAACAAGAAAGAAUGCUGAGGCCGUCGGAGUGGAGUCGAGAUACGUUACCAAGUAACAUGUAUCAGAAGAAUGGGCUCCAUCAUGGAAAAUAUGCAGUAAAGAAGUCACGGAGGACUGAUGUGGAAGACCUGACUCCUAAUCCCAAAAAACUUCUCCAGAUUGGCAAUGAACUAAGGAAACUGAAUAAGGUGAUUAGUGACCUGACACCAGUCAGUGAACUUCCCUUAACUGCCAGACCGAGGUCAAGAAAAGAAAAGAACAAACUAGCUUCCAGGGCUUGCAGACUAAAGAAGAAAGCCCAGUACGAAGCCAACAAAGUGAAGCUAUGGGGUCUCAACACAGAAUAUGAUAAUUUGUUGUUUGUGAUCAACUCUAUCAAACAAGAAAUUGUUAAUCGAGUGCAGAGUCCUAAAGAUGACAGAGGAACCAACAUGGAACAGAAGCUUGAUGUACUUAUUAAAGAUACUCUUGGACUACCUGUAGCUGGUCAAACAUCAGAAUUUGUGAAUCAAGUUUUAGAGAAAACUGCAGAAGGAGACCCCACUGGUGGCCUUGUAGGGCUGCGAAUACCAACGUCAAAAGUUUAACAGACAUCAUUUCACCUAAUCUCAUUGGUCAGAGCUCUACCUGUGUUAAGUACUCCACUGUAAAUUUCAUUCUGGUCUGCAUGUCAGUUUAGCAUUAUGUAAACACUUAAAAUUAGGUUCCAUAGUUUUUUUAAUAACAUUGUAAUAGGAUAAGUAAACGCACGAUAUAAAAUGCUUAAUUAGCAUUUUUGGAGCAUAAACCAUAUAGUAUUAAAGCUGCUUCAGGCACAAAUACAGAGAUUAGGUGUUUUUAAACCUAGGACCAGAUCAUAUAAUUUGCUUUAGAAGCAAAAACACAUUUUGUGCUAGUGAAAAUUUUAGCAAAAUGCCGAACAUUGUGGCAGGUUUAUGCUCUGAGUAAAAUUAAAAAUUAAGAGGAAGCAUUCUUUUGUAAACUGUCAAAGUUUAGUGGGUUUUUUUUAGAAUUACUGCUUUUUUUCUUCUAAAAAAUAAAACCAGUAAGCUUUCUUUGCACCCAUUAACUUGUACAUAGUGCACACGGCAUUAGAGCUAGUGUGCCAUAAAAGACUUUAAUUUUCUGAGCUUAAUAUUGUAUUUAAAUGUCUGUGAAAGUAAGAGAAGAAAAAAAAAGUAUAUUCUUUGUGCCUUGUAUUUUGGGGGAGAGCUAUAAAUAUAAGCUAGUAAAGUUUUUGUACGAUGAAAACCCUGAGGAAAAAACAAGAUGUAUAGAUGGUAAGAUUAUGGGGUUUCAUGUAUUUGUUCCAGCUCUUACAGAUUUUUGAAUGUAUAUAAGAAUAUGUUGAAAAUGUAGAUAUAUGCCACAGAGUCUAUGUAUUGUAUAAAAGAUGGCUCUAGAAAAUUCAAUUUCGGUACUUGGCCGGAAGAAAACAAAUACUUGCACAUUAAUGCGAUUGUUUAUUUUUGUACCAAAGACAAAUGCAACUGAUAUGGCAAACUGCCAGUCUAAGUAAAGUUUUGCACA